AUGUGGGUGUUUUGUAUGAUUUUCAUUCUGGCUCAUUGCCAGCUACAAGGUGGUCAAGGGGCAAAUACUGUACAGGGUAUUGGUGUCAAUUGGGGUUCCAUAGCAUCUCACCCCAUGAAUCCUACCAUUGGGGUGAAUAUGCUAAAGGACAACGCAAUUAAAAAAGUAAAGAUUUUCGAUGCAGAUUCUUGGACUGUAAGUGCCUUUUCUGGCACAGACAUUGAACUCAUGAUUGGAAUUCCUAAUGAUCAAUUGAAGAAGUUAUCUAAAAGUAAGCAUCAUGCAGAAAAAUGGGUAAAACAUAAUGUCACAAAACAUGUUCAUGAUGGAGGGAUCAACAUCAGAUAUGUAUCUGUUGGAAAUGAACCAUUUUUGUCUAGUUACAAUGGUUCAUACAUAGGGACCACAUUUCCAGCGAUGGAAAAUAUUCAAAAGGCUAUUGAUGAGGCUGGUUUGGGAGACCAAAUAAAGGUGACUACGGCUUUAAAUGCUGAUGUAUACGAGUCCAAUUCAGACAAGCCUUCAGAUGGAACUUUUCGCAAUGAUGUUUUUGACGUCAUGAAACAAAUAGUGCAAUUUCUUGAUGAAAGGAAGUCCCCAUUUGUUGUCAACAUAUAUCCAUUCCUUAGCCUCUAUCAAAAUGAAGAUUUUCCAACAGAUUAUGCUUUUUUCGACAGUAAUAGUAGAAGUAUUAAUGACAAAAAUGUACAAUAUACCAAUGUGUUUGAUGCAAAUUUAGAUACCCUUGUCUGGUCAUUAAAAAAGAUUGGUCAUCCUAAUGUGACAAUCACCAUAGGUGAAAUUGGAUGGCCAACUGAUGGUACCAAAGAAGCUAAUGCAAAUAAUGCAAAAAGAUUCUACCAAGGUUUCCUUAAGAAAAUGGCGAGUGAGAAAGGGUCUCCACUUCACCCAGGGCGUAUGAAUGCUUAUCUAUUUUCUCUAUUUGAUGAGAACAUGAAGAGUACUGCACCUGGAAAUUUUGAGCGUCAUUGGGGAAUUUUUCGUUAUGAUGGCAAACCCAAGUUUCCUAUAGAUUUUUCUGGUCAAGGACAAGAGAAAUGGCCUAUAGGAGCAAAAGGGGUUGUCUACCAAGAGCGUCAAUGGUGUGUCCUUAAAAAGAAUGUUAAUAUGAGUAUGUUGCCAGGUCCACUAAGCUAUGCUUGUGCUGAUGGUGAUUGCUCAAGCUUAGGUCCCAAUUGUUCUUGUGCAAAUUUGAAUGAAGCUGGUAAUGCUUCCUAUGCUUUCAAUCAAUACUUUCAAUUGAAUGACCAAAGUGUUGAGGCAUGUGAUUUCGAGGGGUUGGCUACUAUUGUGACACAGGAUCCAUCCAAUGGAAGUUGCUUCUUCCCUGUAGAAAUUAUGAGUGGUAGCAAUAUUCUUGGAGUAAUACAUAAGGUGGGAGGCCUUUUAAUUGGAUUCACGUUGAUUUUCACAUUUACAUAG